CAUACGUAAUCUAGAGGUCUUUAUACUAACAUACUCAUCGUGCAGUUAAACGGCGUUUUAAGUGGUCAAAUAGACCUUUGCCAAAAUGGGUUUUGUUUGGAAACAAUUUAGCUACGUAGAGCCCGUUUUCUUCGUUUAUAUGCAUUAUCUGUUGCUUCUUUUUCCUGUUAUGGCUCAAUACGUUUAUGCACGAAUCAGCGAAGACGUUGGAUUCCCAUACCUGAAUGUAACAGGAGGGGAGAGAUGUGGUGGCGAGGAUUUCGCCGAGAAUUCGACUUUGAAAACACUUGAAACAGAGGUCCAAACCCGCUCUGCAACACUUUAUACCUACUAUAUGGUUUGUGCUGUUAUUCCAAGUCUUAUCGUCGGUCCCUUCUAUGGAUCCUACUCUGAUAAAAGAGGAAGAAAGCCUGUACUAAUGGCACCUCUUCUCGCGGGCCUUUUCGAGACAUGUCUUAUUUUGGUCAUCAUAUAUUUUCAUUUACCACUUUACAUGCUGUUCAUUGGAGGCGUGGUGAAUGGUCUGAGUGGAUAUGUUACGACACUAUGGCUUGCACUGAAUUCCUACCUGGCUGAUACCGUGAAAAAAGACAAACUCUCUAACCGAAUGAUUGUUUUAAACUUUUCUCUGUUUUUGGCUGGAACCAUCGCUCAGCUAACAAGUGGUCUUUGGAUAGAAUAUCUUGGCUUCAAAAAUCCAUUGUGGUUCAUCGUUAGCCUCCAGUCCCUCGCCUGCCUCUACACCAUCUUGUUUGUCAAAGAGUCUGUCAAAGAGAAGGUCAAAGCCAAUUUCUUCGAUCUAAAUAGCGUCCGGAGAUUGUUGCAGAUAGUUACCAAACCAAGGAAAAACGGUCGAAAAAACCUGGUUGUGGCUUUGUCCAUCCUUGGAACCAACAUCAUGAUUACGGUUGGUUUAUCAGCUGUGAUUAUUCUGUAUGUUCUGCGUAGUCCCUUAUGCUGGCAACCAACUCUAGUUGGGUACUUUCUGGCAUACCGGUUCUUUGCGUUAGGCGCUGGAAGUGUCAUUUUUAUUUACUUAUUGAGGAAAUGCUUCAACGAAAUCAACGUAACGCGUCUUGGUUUUGUAAGCCAAAUCGCUGGGAUGCUACUGUUUGCAUUUUCAACAAAAACCUGGAUGGUUUUCCUUGGUAAGUCUCAAUUCUAUAAGCUGCAGAGUUCGACCAUAAAUGAAGAUUUCGCAUAA